AAGAAAACUCCCACUUUCGUUCUCUCUCUCUCUCUCUCUCACGAUGCAAGGUUUACGGAACUUUACUAACGACGACGUUUCACUCGACCUAAUGGUUCCUCCUACAGUACCAGCACCGGUAUCCUCCGCCACUACCUCGACGAGCCUAUCGUUCGAUGAGGAGGAGACUUCAGAGUCAAAGAUCGAACGGCUGAUAUCGGAGCAUCCGGUCAUCAUAUUCACUCGAUCCUCCUCAUGCUGCAUGUGUCACGUCAUGAAAAAGCUUCUAUUGACCGUUGGAGUUCACCCAACGGUGAUCGAGGCCGACGAAGAAGAGAUCUCUUGCCUAGCCGUUAAAACUGCUCCGGUGCUCUUCAUCGGUGGUGCUUGUGUCGGUGGGUUCGAGUCUCUUGUCGCACUUCACCUUAGUGGUCAUCUAGUUUCUAGACUCGUUGAGGUUGGAGCCUUAUGGGCAUAAUUGUGCUUUUAAAAAUUAUAACUAAUAAUGAAAAUCUGGUAAUAAAAUCCAUUGUAUAUUUCAUGAUCUACUCUUUUUGCAUUACUCUUUCUGUUCUUGUUCUGAAAGUUAAAAAAGAAAUGUAAUCUUUUCAGCGUUCCAAAAAAGAAAAAAUUCAUCCCCUGUGUAAUUUUUAUGUUACCAGUUUGAUUUGUGUUGUUUAGAUUUAUGUAUGCUGUGUAAUAAAUACUUAUCAAAAAAGUUGAUGAUCUAGACAAAACAGAUAUAUA